GAGAACGAGACGUGGUGGCUGUGUAACUGCACCAUGGCCAUCUGCAAAUACGACAACGUGGUGGAGUUGGUGCAGGUGCAGUGCAAGCCCCCACCCAUGCCCACCUGCUCCAACGACCUCCCGCCCGUGCGCGUCAUGGACCCUGAUGGCUGCUGCUGGCACUGGGAGUGCGACUGCUACUGCACAGGCUGGGGGGACCCGCACUACGUCACCUUCGACGGGCUCUACUACAGCUACCAGGGCAACUGCACGUACGUGCUGGUGGAGGAGAUCAACCCCACGGUAGACGGCUUCGGCGUCUACAUCGACAACUACCACUGUGACGUCAACGACCGGGUGUCCUGCCCCCGCACGCUCAUCGUGCGCCACGAGACCCAGGAGGUGCUGAUCAAGACGGUGCAGAUGGCCCCCAUAAAAGUGCAGGUGCAGGUCAACGGGCAGGCCGUGGCGCUGCCCUACAGGAAGUAUGGGCUGCAGGUGUCCCAGUCGGGCAUCAACUACGUGGUGGACAUCCCCGAGCUGGGUGCCCUCAUCUCCUACAACGGCCUGUCCUUCUCCAUCAGGCUGCCCCACCACCGGUUUGGCAACAACACCAAGGGCCAGUGUGGCACGUGUACCAACAACACCGCCGACGACUGCGUGUUGCCCAGCGGAGAGGUCGUUUCCAACUGCGAGGUCGCGGCCGACCAGUGGGUGGUGAACGACCCCUCCAAGCCACACUGUCCCCACGUCGGCGUCACCACCAAGCCCCCGGCUAGCACGCCGUCAGCGGGCAGCCCCACGCCCAAGGACUGUGCUUCCCCUCUCUGCGACCUCAUCAAAGACAGCCUGUUCGCCCAGUGCCACGCCGUGGCACCCCCCCAGCACUACUAUGACGCCUGCGUGUUCGACAGCUGCUUCGUGCCCGGCUCGGGCCUGGAGUGCGCCAGCCUGCAGACCUACGCGACCCUCUGUGCCCAGAAGGGCAUCUGUAUCGACUGGCGGAACCACACCAACGGCGCCUGCUUGCUGACGUGUCCGCCUCACAGGGAGUACCGGGCCUGUGGUCCUCCAGAGGAACCCACCUGCAAGUCUGGAUCCUCUGAGAAGAACAACAGCAUCCUGGUGGAGGGCUGCUUCUGUCCCGAGGGCACCAUGAACUACGCCCCGGGUUUCGACGCCUGCGUGGACAUGUGUGGCUGUAUGGGACCUGACAAUGUGCCUAGAAAGUUUGGGGAACACUUUGAGUUCGACUGCAAGAGCUGCGUCUGCCUGGAGGGCGGGAGCGGCAUUUCCUGCCUGCCUAAGACAUGCAGCCAGGAGCCGCCCCAGUGCACGGAGGAGGGCACCUACCCGCUCACAGAGGUCAACCCCGCCGACACCUGCUGCAACAUCACAUCCUGCAAGUGCAACACCAGCCUGUGCCCGGCGAUGCCGUCCAAGUGCCCGCUGGGAUUUGAAGUGAAGAGUGAGAUCGCGCCCGGGAAGUGCUGCCCCGCCUACACCUGUGUGCCCAAGGGUGUGUGCGUUCACCAGAAUGCCGAGUACCAGCCGGGGUCGCCAGUUUACUCCUCCAAAUGCCAGGACUGCGUGUGCACCAACCGCAGGAACAGCAGCACCGAGCUCAACGUCAUCUCCUGCACCCACGUGCUCUGUGACGACUCCUGCAGCCCCGGCUUCGAGCUGGUGGAGGCCCCCGGGCAGUGCUGUGGUAAGUGUGAGCAGACCCACUGCAUCAUCAAGAGGCCCGGCAGGGAACCCAUCAUCCUAAAGCCCGGGGACAUAAAGCACGACCCCAAGAAUAACUGCACAUUCUUCAGCUGCGUGAAGAUUCACAAGCAGCUCAUCUCUUCUGUCUCCAACAUCACCUGCCCCGACUUUGACCCCAGCAUCUGCGUCCCGGGUUCCAUCACUCUCAUGCCCAAUGGUUGCUGCAAGAAAUGCACCCCUCGCAACGAGACCAGAAUCUUCUGUUCCGCCAUCCCCGUCACCCGGGAAAUUUCUUUCGCCGGCUGCACCAACAGAGUCACGAUGAACUACUGCUCUGGGUCCUGCGGGACCUUUGCCCUGUACUCGGCCGAGGCCCAGGCCCUGGACCACAAGUGCUCCUGCUGUAAGGAAGAACGGACCAGUCAGCGGGAGGUGGUGCUGCACUGUCCCCAGGGCGGCUCGAGGAGCCACACCUACACCCACAUCGAGAGCUGCCGGUGCCAGGACACCACCUGUGAGCUCCCGCCGGCCCCGCGCCGCGUCCCCGGCCGCUCCCGGCGCUCCAGCCCCGGGGGCCCGCGCCCAGGAGGCGCCUGAACGGGGUCGUGCCACGCAGCUCGCCCCCACCGCCCUCCGCACCCCCCACCCCUCCUGCUGACCCCCCGAGCUUCCUCACCUCCUGAGCUGGCUUCCU